CGGCCGUGGGGAGGGGUCGCGGCUCCUCCGCUGCGGGGCGGGCAGCGCACGGGCAGGAGCCAGGGCAGGAGCCAGGGCAGGGCCGCCGCCCGUCAGCGCGCCGGCGGUGCGAGGGCGCGCCGUGCCCCCCAGCGCGGCCCGAGCCCUUCCCGGCCCCGCGGCGGGGCGGGGCGGGGCGGAGGGCGGGCCGGGCCGGGCCGGGGGCACCUCCCCGCGUGGCGGCCGCCAGUGAGCGCGGCGGGGGCGGCCGGGCGGCUUGUUUUGGGCAGGUGGUGCCGGCCGGGACCCGAGCCGAGCCUGGCCGGCGCGGCCCACGGUGCCGGCAUGGUGUUGCACGAGCCCGCCGGGGCGCCGAGUCUGUCGACUGCGGCGGGAGGGGUCGGUGAUGCCGCCGCCGAGGUACAGCUGUCCCGGCUUCGCUGGGCCGUGCUGCUGCUCUUCAGCAGCUACUCCCUGUGCAACGCUUUCCAGUGGAUCCAGUACGGCAGCAUCAACAACGUCUUCGUGCGCUUCUACGGCGUGAGCGCCUUCGCCAUCGACUGGCUUUCCAUGAGCUACAUGCUCAUCUACAUCCCCCUGCUCUUCCCUGUCGCCUGGCUGCUGGACAAGAGGGGCCUGCGCCUCAUCGCCCUGGCUGGCUCGGCCCUCAAUGCCAUGGGUGCCUGGGUGAAGCUGGGCAGCCUGAAGCCGCACCUCUUCCCCGUCACUGUCCUGGGACAGGUCAUCUGUGGCCUGGCCCAGGUCUUCAUCCUGGGCAUGCCCUCACGCAUCGCCUCGGUGUGGUUUGGCUCCCAGGAGGUCUCCACCGCCUGCUCCAUUGCGGUCUUUGGGAACCAGCUUGGCAUUGCUGCAGGCUUUCUGGUCCCUCCAGUUCUGAUCCCUAAUGUGGAGGAUGUGGAGAAGCUGGCCUACCACAUCAGCAUCAUGUUCUUCAUGACUGCAGGUGUGGCAUCAGCCCUGUUCAUCCUGGUCAUCAUAGUCUUCAAAGAGAAGCCCCCGAACCCUCCAAGCCGAGCUCAGGCCUUGAUCCAGUCAAGACCACCUGCUGAGUAUUCCUACGUGCAAUCAAUCCUCCGCCUGCUCCGCAACGCCAACUUCUCGCUGCUUAUGGUCACUUAUGGUCUGAAUGUAGGUUGUUUCUACGCCUUGUCCACUCUGCUGAACCGCAUGGUGAUCCAUCACUACCCAGGGGAGGAGGUGAAUGCUGGCAGGAUUGGACUCACCAUUAUACUGUCGGGGAUGGCUGGGGCUCUGAUCUCCGGCAUCUGGUUGGACAAAACCAAAACCUACAAGCAAACAACGCUAGUUGUCUAUAUCAUGUCUCUGGUGGGAAUGAUAGUCUAUACCUUCACUCUGAGCCUGGGCCACCUCUGGGUGGUCUUUGUGACUGCUGGGUUGUUGGGGUUCUUCAUGACAGGAUACCUUCCCCUGGGCUUUGAGUUUGCGGCAGAGUUGACAUACCCAGAAUCAGAAGGAACAUCAUCAGGGCUCCUUAAUGUCUCAGCACAGAUUUUUGGUAUUGCCUUGACCAUUAGCCAAGGGCAAAUCAUGGAUCGCUUUGGGACAAAGGCAGGAAACCUCUUGCUUUGUUCUGUCCUGUUCCUGGGGACCGUUAUGACAGCAUUCAUUAAGGCUGAUCUCCGAAGACAACAGGCCAAUUUGGAAAAUGAACAGACAAGACUCCAAGGCAGCAAUCUGAUCAUGGAUUAUGGGACUGUAGCUUGUAAAUCUAACCCCACCAAUUGCCACUCCUGCUCACUAGCUUAAACACACCAAGAAAGUGUUGCCAGAAGCCUACACUAAUCCCAUAGUCCUUGAGGAAUCACGGCUGUGAAAUGAAGGGGUGGCAAAGCUGGGAGAUACAGCCCUCCUCAUUCCCAUCUUUUCUACCUGCACCAUCCUCCUGUCACAUGCAUGCCAUGGGAGGGGAGCAGCCUCAGGACAGGAGCCCUGUGAACUGCUUGUGGAGAGUGUGAAAGAGCAAAACAAGAGGGGGGUUGCUUUCGUCAGUUUUAUCCUUGCAUCAUGCUGUUUUUGGUGUUCGGGAGGAAAAGUUGGGAAAAUCUGCUGUGUCCCCCCCAGUCCCACCAUGUAUGCUUGGAAAAAGCAUAUGUGCUGAGAGAAAAGCCACAGUACCAGGCUAACCCUGAGCAUGAUGGUGGCACCUUGCAUGUGGCUGUGAGGUGAAAGGCAGAAGCUGGACCACACUUAACUCUGUGAGCAGCCCUGGAAGUGCUGGCUCUAGGGAAAAGGGGUUGCUCUGCCUUGGUUCCCAUGGUGCUCUGUGUUGCACAGGUAGUAGUAGAGGCCUCAGUACAUUAUCAGCAAGUGCAAAGCAGUGCACCAGCUGCUGCCAGCUCUUAUUUUAUUAUUUGGCUUUCCCAGAUGAAGCACUUUAAUCUGGAUAAACUUCUACUCAGAAUUCACUGGGGUUGCCCUGAUGUUCCUACAUAUUAGGAGUAAUUAAGAGAUACCAAUAUGCCUCCUUCUAGCUCGAGGUGAGGACUAGUUCUGCAGCCUAAAUCUAGCUCAUCACUACAUUAGCAGCAAAAGUGAGUCAAACCACUGUUUCCCUGGGCUGAGGACCGUGUCUCCAUCCUUACCAAUAAAGUGCCUUUUGCAUGUUUCAACAUUAUGUACACACUUUUGUGAAGUGUUAUAUUGAGAAAACCAGCCAAGGCUGUGUUGCUCUUCACAACCACAGAGAGGGGUAUGAUGGGAAUCCAGCUUUGUUCCAGUGUGGAAGCUUCCCACUACAUAAUAGAGAACAGGAAAAGGUGCCUACUUACCAGCAUUUGUGUCUUAUAGACACUGCCCAUCUGUAUGCUUUUUAUGUUCUAAACACAACUGUAGAUCCUUUUAUCACUUCCCCAUCCUUUCCAGCAUCCCACCCCUGCUGGAGACAUCAAGUGUCCCAAUAUGCCUUAAAUCAUGCUGUUACUUAUGUAUUAUUUGAGGCCAAGGACAAAAGCUGUACUGAGGUGGAAUGGAUAAAAAUAUUCCUCUCUGACAAACUAUUUUUGACAAAACUUUUUUUUUUGGUGAAAUUUUAACAUUUUUUGAUACACUACAUAUUGAUACAGCCUGAGUUCAGUAAGUGCUUAGACAACUCUCAGGCACAUGGUGUGGUUCUUACGGGUCCUGCGCAGAGCCAGGAGUUGGACUGUGAUCCUGAUAAAUUCCUUCCAAUUCAGCAUAUUCUAUGAUUGAAGUCCUAUCUUUGGAUUGGGAAUUGGGAUUG